AUGACGCGAUCCUCCCCAUCCAUCCCUGGUCUGACGAAAGGAGGGAUCAUCAAGGCUCUCUACAGUCUUGGUCAUGCAAACAAGGCGCUGCUAAGCCCAAUCAAGCUAAACAAGCUCGUCUCACCCGCGCUAAAACCGUCCCACAUGGAGUCCGCCGCUUCUAGGCUUCGUAUUCUGUUCCCCCUCGCGCCUCUCGAGUUCGCGCGACUUCGAACACGGCCCAUGUCCCCUCGACAGACUCGUGGCGUGAUGACCGGGUGGCGCUCAAAUGGCUUCGUUUCGGCGACGCCGGAUGACUUCUAUAAAUCCUUUAGUGCGCUCGGGGCGUUCACCGGUGACAGUGAAUAUACUUGGCGGCUGUUUGGCCUACCUCAGUUCGGAAAAAUUCCAGUCAGAUACGCUGGAUCCAAGCCUCAUUGUGAGCAAACCUCUUUGUACAUCCUGAGAUAUGGGCAGCGGAAUAAGGUGCAAUCUCCGGAGGGCUGA